AUGUUUCGACACGCUCUCCGGCGCAGUGCCAAGGCCGCCGAGGAGAAGGCGAGAGCCGCCACCAGGCAACUGGUCCUCUUCUCGCGUGCAGGGCAGUGGACAGAGGCAGUUGAUUACCUGGCGCGGUUGCCGGUCAAGAAUGUCGUGCAUCGAAAUGCAGCGAUUUCCGCCUGCAGCAAGGCUUCGGCAUGGCCAGCGGCGCUGGUACUCCUUGAACACGACCGGGCCACGUGCAAGCCGGACCCGGUGGCCGUUGCCUCCGCAUUCGGUGCGAAGGGGCUACCCUGGCCUUGGGUGCUGCGGAUUCUCGAGGACCUGCGGACCUGGCGUGUGCCCGCUGACGAUUUCGUGGGAAGUGCCGCCGUCAGCUGCUGCAGCCGCAAUGCCCAGUGGCAGAUGGCUUUGGACCUUCUCUUCAGCUUGCAGAUGCAGCAAUCGGUCGUGGCCGUCGGUGCAGCCAUCGCAGGAGCCGCACGGACUUCUUCCUGGGAGGCCGCGGUGGCCUUGCUCGGCCUUCGAAGUGCCGGAGUUCGGCCGAGCUUCAUCGCACUCUCCACGACGGUCUUGGCCUGCAGUGAUGCCUCUAAGUGGGAGGUGGUGCUGGCCCUGCUGCGAGACCGACCGCUCUUGGACGCAGUUACCUGCACUGCUGCAGUGACGGCUUGCCGCGACGGCAGCAGCUGGAAGCAUGCACUGGGGCUGCUUUCGGACGCCUGGAAGGCGAGGCCUUGGCUGGACCAAGAAGGAACCGUCUUCCCACUGCCCAGCCUGACCUCUGCCAAUGCUUGCCUUAGUGCGCUGGAGCGCGCCAGCAGCUGGCAGCUGGCAUCCUCGCUCCUUUUCGACUUUCCUCAGAACGACCUCCAGCCGGAUGAGGUGUCUUUCAAUACCGUGAUCUCUGCCUGCGUCGGGCGCCUGAAGUGGCAGCAUGCACUGGCACUUUUUGAGCUUAUGAAGCUCAAGAGCCUGCACAGGGAUGCAGUCUCCUGGAGUUCUUGCAUCACGGCAUGCGCACAGGGUCAGGGUGCAGAGGCGGCUCUGCAGCUCUACGAUGAGUAUUCAAAGGAGGCUACCCAGCUGAACACAGUUGUUGUGAAUGCAGCGAUGGCAGCCUGUGGAGCUAGUCGCACGUGGCAGCGCGCGGUAGCCCUGACCCACCAGCUGCAGUAUGCCUGGCAGGCCCUCGGCCAAGCUCCAGAUGAAGUGUCUUUCAACACGACCAUUGCCGUUUGUGCGGCGGGGCAGGCAUGGGAAAUGGCGCUUCAUUUCUUCCGCGCGAUGGCAGACUUGCAGUGCAACGUGGACGCGGCUGCUAUUGGUGCAGUGCUCGGCGCGUGCUCCCACGGACGCUGGAAGGAGGCGCAGACAAUCGCUGCUGACUCCUUCUCUGGCCGGGAGGGCUUACCACCGACCAUGGAGAGAGCUCUCCAGAAAGCCUACCUUAGUGCCGGCUUGAGCUGCGGCCGAAACGAAGGUCCGAGACUUCCUUAG